AAAAAAAAAAUAAGAGUCCUGUAUAGGAUCCGUCCAACUACAGUCAUUUCAUCCCGUUACUGUUAGACUUCGAACAUGUGGAUCAUGCUUAAGCCAAAUUUGGAUCCCUUGUAUCGUUGCCAAAAGAUACCAGUCUAAAUUCCCUCUUUGAAAUUUGGGGCUUCUCACUUCCAUGGCUCCAGAAACCGUAAUUAGAAGUUGACAGACUGAAUCCUUGUUUAGCACAAAGAGAGCAAUAUGCCAAAGGAAUUAGCAAAAGAAACGCAGGUAAUGAAUCCAAAGCCAAACAACAAGCAUCCCCAAGUGGAAUCGGGAAAGCACAGGAGCAACACUGAACCACUGAAGAAGAAGGAGAAGGAGAAGAAGAAGAAGGGUCAGCCAAGCAUUAUGGGUAAAGGAAGACGAAGAUGGGAGGACUUAGAAAGGGACUGCUUGGUGAAUGUUUUCAGAAGAGUGGGUAUGGAGUCACAGCUAUUCGAUGUGCCUUUCGUGUGCAAGUCAUGGUUUACAGCAACCCUUGAUCCUUCAUGCUGGCAAUAUCUCAUUUUUCCAGAUAUUCCAUCUGAUCUUGCUGACCGUUUGGACAAUAUAUUUUCGUUUAUUCAUCUUAGUGAUUCCAUUGAGCUUUAUCCUGACUUUGAUCCCUUAAUAAGAAGAUAUAUAGGAGCUUAUCGAUUUGGAUCAAGCCACUUAUCUAUUACUGCUUUUGUUGAGUUUGUCUUUCGUCGGAGCAAUGGGAAUGUCGUGUUUCUGAAGGUACCUCGCCACUGUCCAAAAGCUGCUCUAAAGUCUGUAGCACAUGCGUGUCCUGACCUGAAGGCUUUGGCUUUGCCGAGAGACGCGUUGAAAUCAGAUGUAGUUCCUGAAUUGGUUGCCAACUUGACAAGUUUGAGGUCGUUGUUGUUAUUAGGAAGCUGCAAUUAUAUUGAGAAAAUUUUAUUACCAAUCAGCAAGUACUGCAAGAAAUUUCGUGGUUUAUGUUUUUAUGAUGCUUAUAUUACUGAAGAGGCUGCAUCUGCUAUUGUUAACUCAUUGCCGAAUAUCAAGUACUUGAUUCUGAGGAGCACUUUGAUUAGACCGAAUGGCUUGAUCACACUGCUGCGCGGCUGCAAACAGCUUGUGCUUUUGCAUCUCAGUGAGUGUCCCUGUUUUCGGGUCAACGAUGAGAUACUGAAUCUGGCAUCUCAUAUUAGCGACUUCAGAUUUUCCAAUCAUUUUGGAGGUUUUCAAGGUUACUAUGUGGACGAUGAGCUAGGCUAUAUUAAUUUUGAUGAAGGCACCAGUGACGACGACUAUGAUUAACAAGAUGCUUGUUCGUAGUGUUAUAGUGUGAUGAGAAUUUGUGUGAAAUUCUCUCUUUCCUUAUCCUCGAGUCCUGAUUAGCUUGGUGUAUGAUAAAUUUUACAAUACUUUUCUUUAAGAGUCCUGGCUUGAUUUCA